AAGCAGCAGAAGACUUGUUUAGUUAGUUGACAAGUGUCAAAUGAAUGUUUUGAUUUGCAAUUACAGUUCCUCCAAGUUUGCUAAAAAAUAUGAAUUCAUUGCUGAAUAAUGACGAAAACUUGGAGAAUAAAGAAUCAAACGAUUCGGCAAUCUUGGAAAUAAGUUGUACUGAAACCGGGAGCAAUACAAAACAAGGAAAUCAUGAUAUAGACAAUUAUUCAAAUUACAGCACAUCUGUGGAGGGAUCUCUGGUCAUUUCACCAUCCGUAGACAGUUUUUCAACCCUUCCAGAACAGGAAGCUGCAGAUUUUCAGUUAGACUCUCGUGACUUGCAGGUGAAAGUUGAUAAUCCUCAGAAACAUGUAGAAACUUUAGAAACGUAUAUAACAUUUCGGAUCACCACCAAAUCCACGCGAUCUGAAUUCGAAGAGGGCGAAUACACCGUCCGCAGACGUUACAAUGACUUCAUUUGGCUGAGGCAGAAGUUGGUGGAAGCGUAUCCAACACACAUUAUUCCUCCAAUGCCCGGAAAGCACUCGUUACUGGCUCAGUUGGACCGUUAUUCUAAAGAAUUCAUCAUUGCUCGCAUGAAGCUUUUACAUAUCUUUCUCAAUCGAAUCGUUAAUCAUCCCAUACUAAGUUAUAAUAAGAGUCUCAUUAUUUUCCUGACAAGUAAAUCUGCGGAAUUUUCGGUUCACCGGAAAAAUCGAAGCAGUGUUCUCGUUAAAGUGGCGGAUUCACUGCCAAAUAUAUCAAGCGUCUACACAACGAAGCAAAAUAACUCGGAGUUUGAACAUGUCCGUGAAUAUUGCCUCUCGCUGAGCGAAAAGUUGGCAACGAUGGACAAAAUAAGUCAGCGCAUUUACAAAGAACGGCUGGACUAUUUAAUGGAACUUCAUCAGCUGCACCCGAUAUUCACCUUGUGGGCCACUACGGAACCGGAACUGGAACCUAUUCUAUUAGCCAUGGCCAAAGCAGUCGAGACGAACGCCGCAGCUCACAAGAAGUUGUUGGACUCUGUUCCUUGCGAAGAGAAGGAGUAUGUCGCUUACAUCGAGGCUGUAAAAGAUGCUCUGAGUCGGCGCAACUCCAUGCAGAUUGAAUACGAAAUGACCGUCGAUGAACUCUCUAAAAGACGGCUCGAAAAAGAUCAGGUGAUUAACGCAUCGCCAACGCAACAAGCCAACCAAGGCUGGGGAGGGUCCAUUUGGAAGAGCGACUCUCGGGAUGAAAAGUUGGAAAAACUGGACAACUCAAUUUCGAGGCUGGUGAAGGGAGUCGAAGUGUUGCAGGAUCGCUUGGAAUGUGCCAAUGAAAAUCUGCACAGCGACUUGGAAAGGUGGAACAUAGAGAAGCGCACCGACCUCAAGAACAUGUUGAUUGCAAUGUCCGAUCAGCACAUCUGCCAUUAUCAGGAGUGUGUCACUGCGUGGGAAGACAUUCUCGCCGGAUUCAAAAUUGACAACGUGGUAUCAGAGGAGCUAAAUGUUAAGCUCUCCGUUUGAAAAGGAACUGAUUUCGGAAUUCAGAGGUACAAGUGUUUAGAAAACUAAACGGUAUCAACUCUCUGUAAAAGAGACACUAUUUAUUUAAGUUAUUUCAUUCAUUUCUUUCUAUUACUUCCUCACAGAGGAAACGUUGCAAUACCAAAAAUUUUCAACUUCAAGUUUUGAACAUAUCUUUAAAUUUUAAGAUGUUAGUUAUCAAAAAAUCACAUUUUUUGAAAAUAUCAUUCCAUAUUUAUUUAGGUACAUAAUAUCUCGAGUAUUAUGAAAUUGAGUAAAAGGCAGCGAUUAAUUUAUUUAUUGCAAACCUUCUAUGACCAAACUGUGAAAAGAUUAUAAUAUUAUUUAUUAUCAUUCAAAUUAUUUGCAUAAUUAAAUAUCAGAAAAUGCAAGUACUUUCAUUUUUAAUCUUCAAUUCUUUAGAAAAUGUACGUUAAUGUAUGUACGUUUGUAAAUGGUGCACAAAAAUGUUGUUAUCUUUCAAAAGUACUUGUUCAUAGUUUACACUUAUAUAGUUUGCAAGAUACUUUACUAUUUUUUUAGAUAAGAAUUUUAAAAAUUUAUAAUCAAGAACCAAUAUAGAUUAUAAAUUUACAUCUAAUAAAUUUUAAUUUACACACUAACACUGCAGCACGUUGUGUUCUCAAGUUUCGGUAAAAUAUAUAUAUCAUUUUUUGGGGCUACCUAUUGGAAUGCGGGAAUGUUAUUCCAAAUCUUUUACUCUUUUGUACAUUCACAUUCAUAAAUUGUAGGUAUCAUAUCUUUAUAAAAACCUGCAAUUCCUUUCAUUGUUUUGUUCUUGAUUAAAUAAUUUAAUUUUUUCAAUA